AGUUGCCCGAACAAGUUUCGUUUCUGCUUAAAGUCGUGUUUGCAUUGUGACGGGAAGCGUUUGCCAGUAGCUCAGCUGGCGUUGUCGCCAACAAACUAGUUUAUAACAUUUGACUACGUGGAUCGGUACUUUCAUGAGUUUACUUAUCAAAGUACAUUUGACUAUUUGAAGUGCAUAUAGUUCAGGCAAUUUACAAAUAUUUUCGUGGAUAAUCGCAACGCUAAUCUAUCCCAGUACACCUGUGAUUAUGCACAAAAAGCAAAGCUUCAUAAGCAAUACGAACUUGGCCCAAAAAGAUACUACCGAUCAAAGUCACAAAAUGCAGUUUAUCACGCGACGGUUGGUUAUGAAUCUUAACAAAACCGCUUUGCAGUCAUCUUUGAAGACAUCGCUACCCGGCGCUGCAGCUGCAGCGCAAAAGCUUAAUGCCGAUAGCCGUUUUUAUUCCAUAUCUGAAGGUCCACAAAAGCAAAAUCUUCUACGUUAUCCAGCAUUUCCACUAAAAGAAACUUUGGAAAAGUUUUUAAAAACCAUUGAACCGUUGGUCAGUGGAUGUGACUUGGUUGAAACUAAACAAGCCAUCAAAAAGUUCGAAGCAGGUGAGGGUGCAGAAUUACAAAAACUCUUAGAAAAGGCGGCGAAAUGCGAAGCAAAUUGGUUGGCUAAACGCUGGUUGCGCACGGCUUAUCUGCAAUACCGCGCACCCGUUACCGUGUUUGUUAGCCCAGGCAUGACAUUUCCACCUCAACGCUUCGAUAAUGACGAUGCCUAUUUAGAUUAUGCCGCCAAAGUGGUAUACUCUCUGGCGCGCUAUAAACAAAUUAUCGAUGCUGGUGAAAUCCCCAUCGUGAAAAUGGGUCAGUAUGAGCUGGAUAACUCGCAAUUUAGCAAAGUGUAUGGCACAUGUCGCAUACCAAAGCAAGGCGAAGAUGCUUUAGAGUACAAUCCGAAGUCACUGCAUGUUGUAGUGCUGUACAAAAAUCAUUUUUACAAAUUACAAAUCUACAAUAAUAACGGUGUGGCAUUGCAUCCGGAUAUAUUGGUUAACCAAUUUAAAAAGAUAAUGAAAACAGAAACUAAGAAGGGUGUCGAAUUUGGCAUAUUAACAACCGAUACGCGUGACAAUUGGGCGCACGCUUACGAAGAGCUGCUGAAUAUCGAUGGUAAUAAAGAGCUUGUGAAAACUAUACAAAGUGCCUUGUUUACAGUAUCUUUGGAUGAGUGCUUCGAUGUUAAAGAUGAUCAGUUUUUCAAUCAGCUUAGUGGCCAACUAAUUCAUGGCGGUGGAGCGCAUUUAAAUAGUGCCAAUCGUUGGAUGGACAAAACAAUUCAAUUGAUUCUAAAUCGUAAUGGAAUGAGUGGUUUUUGCUAUGAACACUCUCCGGCUGAGGGACAACCAAUUGCCAACAUCACCGACUAUGUGUCCAAAAAUUUAUACAACGAUAAACACUAUGAACAGAGCGCCCGCGAUAACUAUCCUUGCGCCGCAAAGCUUCAAUUAAAAACCAACAAUACUCUAAAUCGUUACAUUGAAAAAUCUAAGAAGAAUCUAAAUGCGUUGGCCGAAAAUUUGCACGUAAAUGUUUUGCAUUUCCAGGACUAUGGCAAAGGUUUUUUAAAGAAGCAGAAACUUAGUCCGGACAGCUAUAUACAAAUGGCACUACAAUACGCCUACUACAAAUUGCACAAAGCGCCAGCCGCUCAGUAUGAGUCCGCUCAUUUGCGUAUUUAUAUAAACGGACGAACGGAAACCAUACGCUCGUGUUCCAAUGAAUCGAUCGCUUUCGCCAAGGCAAUGUUGGACGAUAACGUAGAUCCGCCGAAACGUGUCGAAUUACUGCGUAAGGCCAUCGACAGUCAUCGAGCUUACACGACAAUGGCACUGCAAGGCAAAGGUGUUGAUCGCCAUUUGUUGGGCCUAAAAGUCAUGGCUGUUGAGAAUAAAAAACCAAUACCGGCAUUCUUUAACUCGCCUGGCUAUUUGAAAAGCUUAAUCUUCCGUGUGUCCACAUCGCAAGUGGCCACACCUAAUCUAGGAUUCAUGGUGUAUGGUCCAGCUGUGGACGAUGGUUAUGCAUGUUGUUAUAACCCGCGCGAAAAUGAUAUGAUUUUAGCAUGCACCUGCUGGCGAAAUAAUGACACCACGGAUGUAGAUAAGUUUGCGUGUACAUUGAGCGAAUCAUUGCUUGAAAUGCAAACACUUUUGAGUAGCGCUGGACAAAAACCAGCCGCCAAAUUGUAAACUAUAAAGACACAAAAUCCUAAUUAAAAGAUUUGUAAAAUUCUAAGUUAUUUUGUUAUACAAAAUUUAAGUGCCUUCAAAUUUUUGUACACAUAUUUUUUUUUUUAUUUUAACAGAAUUACAGGUAAUAAAAAUUGAUUGUGCAAACACAA